CUUGGACCAGCCACAGCUGGGGAGUUCAUUUAUUAAAAUGGAGGACAAUGGGGCAUGGAUGAAAGUUAGCAAGAACCUGGGACUACGAAGUUUAUUGAAGCUGAAUGAAUGAGGUUCUCCAUGUCAAGUGCAUUCAGAUCUUUGGAAGGAAACAAGUGAGAAAAGGCAAAGAUUGAAUGCAAAUUUACUUGGAUAUGAAAUAUUCAGAUAAUUGAAUAUUUUCCUGUGGGAUAAUUCUGCUUAAAUUGGAUCACUGAGACUCUGAGAUUUAUCUUCCAUAGAGGUCUCUUCACAGCUGGUCAGCCCCUAAUUUCCAGCAACUCUGAUCCUAGUACAACUUGUGCUAUCAAGUUAUCACAAUUAUUAAGGAAACCAUGAUGUAAAAUAUGAUUGCGGAUGGUACUUUAUGUAUUGAACAAGUAAUCUCAUGCAAGAAUAAAGCUUCCGUUCACUAUGAAUCAGCUUUAGAAAUCACACACGCAAAGACAUUGGUUCAAUGGCCAGAAUUUCUGGAUCUGAUUUUCACAGAAAUGGAAUUAGAAUGAUCUUGAACAGAAAAAGAAAGUGAUGAAAACAAUAUAAACCUACUGGAUGUUGCUGCACUGGAAAUUGCAUGGAGGACAUUUAUUUCCAUAGAACACGAACAAGAAUUGACAAGAAUAUCCCUCACAGCUAAUUAUUGAUGUUGAGAAGUCACUCAAACAAACCAUGGAUAUAAAAGAACGGAAACCUUACCGGUCUUUAACUAAAAGCAGACGUGAAAAAGAGCGGCGAUACACCAGUUCUUCAGUAGAAAGCGAAGACAUCAAAAUGCCUCACAAGUCCUACAGUUCCAGUGAAACACUCAAAGCCUACGAUCAAGACCCAAGGUUGGCCUACAGUAGUCGUGUCAAAGAAGUCAUUCAUCAGGAAUCAGAUGAAUAUUGCAGACCAGGAACAAAUUUUUCUCUGCGUGAGUUGGGACUGACUGAAGCAACACCUCAGCUCACUGCUGGAUAUCAUACAGAAUUAGGUCUGUCACACCGUGGAUAUUCCCUAAGCACAGGCUCUGAUGCAGACACAGAGACAGAUGGAGUCAUGUCUCCCGAAAAUGCUAUGAGACUUUGGGGGCGAAACGUUAAAUCCUCGCGCAGCUCCUGUAUGUCGAGUCGAGCAAAUUCUGCACUUACUCUUACGGACACAGAGCACGAGAACACAGAAAAUGGUCCUCCCCUGCCUUGCUCCAGUGCUUCAUCAACCCCAGUGGAGCAGUACGUCUCCCCUCCCCCUCCUUCUGAAGUCAACGAGAGCCAGCGAAUACUGCUCAGCAAUAAGAUGACCCAGUCAAACCCAGAUUCUGACUCUGAUGAGGAGUUUGUUCCCAACUCUUUCCUGGUUAAAACUGACUCUGGAAGCCUGUUUGUACCUACAAAUGCCUCGACCAACGUUUCUCAGAAUCACUCAAUGCUCAGAACACCCCCCUCCCCAACGUCGCAUCCCCAUUCUCUAAACCACCCGCAUGCCUCUUCAGUGAAUUCAUUGAACAGGGGAAACUUCACCACACGCAGUAAUCCCAGCCCUAGUCCAGCUGAUCUCCCUCCCCCUCCGGAACCACCUCCAAGCGUACAGGAGCCUGCCCACAUGCAGGACAACUGGCUCCUCAACAGUAACAUCCCCUUGGAGACUAGAAAUGUAGCAAAGCAGACAUUCCUAGAGAGUUUGCAGGACAACCUAAUUGAGAUGGACGUUUUUACCUCUGCUCGACAUGAAGGUGGUUACAAUGAUGGGCACUUCUUAUUUAAACCUGGAACUGGAUCUUCUCCACUUUUUUGUACAACUGGACCUGGUUACCCCCUCACUUCGAGCACUGUGUACUCUCCUCCACCGCGACCCUUACCCCGCAGCACGUUCUCAAGGUCUGCAUUCAGUCUGAAAAAGCCCUACAAGUACUGCAACUGGAAGUGCACAGCCUUGAGUGCCAUCAUCAUUUCUGUAACACUAGUGAUUCUACUUGCCUACUUCAUUGCCAUGCACCUGUUUGGCCUAAACUGGCACCUGCAGCCGAUGGAAGGGCAGAUGUACCAGAUCGGUGAGAACAAAGCCAGCAGUUGGCCAGUGCCAACGGACGUCACAUUGUCUCCCUCUGGUGGCACAGGUUUAGACUUGCCUGAAAGGAAAGGCAAAGGAACCAGUGAAGGAAAAACAGACAAUUUAAUCCCAGAAGACAGCUACAUAGAUACAGGAGAAAUAGAUAUUGGGCGGAGAGUCACUCAGAAGAUACCACCAGGGCUAUUCUGGCGCACUCAAGUGUUCAUAGAUCAUCCAAUGUAUUUGAAAUUCAACGUGUCGCUGGGAAAGGAUGCUCUGGUUGGAAUUUAUGGUCGACGUGGCCUUCCUCCAUCUCACACCCAGUUUGGAUUUGUGGAAUUAUUGGAUGGCAGACGAUUGCUAGCGCAGGAAAUGAGAAGUCUGGAGGGAUACCAGCAACACCAACAGAGGACCCUGAUCCCUCUGACAAAUCGUGAGACUGGAUUCAUCAGAUAUCUGGAUUCUGGAAUCUGGCACUUAGCCUUCUACAAUGAUGGGAAACAGAUGGAGCAGGUCUCCUUUAUAACCACUGCCAUAGAGCCUGCAGAUGAAUGCCCAGCCAAUUGUUAUGGGAAUGGAGAGUGUAUUUCAGGAACAUGUCAUUGCUUUCUCGGUUACAUUGGACCAGACUGUGCACGAGCAUCUUGCCCUGUGCUAUGCAGUGGCAAUGGCCAGUAUGUGAAGGGACGCUGCUUAUGCCACAGCGGUUGGAAGGGAGCAGAGUGUGACGUUCCCACAAACCAGUGCCUUGACUCAACUUGUGGCAACCGCGGCACCUGCAUCAUGGGGACAUGCAUCUGCAGUGCUGGCUAUAAAGGGGAGAAUUGCGAGCAAGUGGACUGCUUAGACUCGACAUGUUCAGGGAGAGGAAUUUGUGUCCGCGGGGAAUGCCACUGUGCCACUGGCUGGGGUGGACCAAACUGCGAAACUCCAAGAGCACCUUGCGAAGACCAGUGUUCAGGACAUGGGACUUUUCUACCUGAUUCAAGGACCUGCAGCUGUGACCUUGCCUGGACAGGGCACGAUUGCUCAAUUGAGAUUUGUUCAGUAGACUGUAGCAGCCAUGGGAUCUGCAUUGGAGGCACCUGUCGCUGUGACGAAGGAUGGAUGGGCAGUGCCUGUGAUCAGCGAGCGUGUCACCCACGCUGCAAUGAGCAUGGGACUUGUAAGGAUGGCAAGUGUGAAUGCAGCCCCGGGUGGAAUGGCGAGCACUGCACUAUUGAGGGUUGCCCAGGUUUGUGUAAUGGAAAUGGUCGAUGCACACUGGACCAAAAUGGUUGGCAUUGUGUGUGCCAGCUGGGCUGGAGGGGUGCGGGAUGUGACACCUCCAUGGAAACUGCUUGUGGAGAUGGAAAAGAUAAUGAUGGAGAUAGCUUAAUAGAUUGCAUGGACCCUGACUGCUGCCUUCAGCCUUUAUGUCACAGUAAUCCCCUAUGCCUCGGAUCACCGGAUCCUCUUGAUGUUAUUCAGCAGACUCGCAUUCCAUCUUCACAACAGAAUCUUCGCUCAUUCUACGACAGAGUCAAGUUCCUCAUCAGCAAGGAUAGCACACAUGUGAUUCCUGGCGAAAAUCCUUUCAACAGUGGCCACAUAUGUGUGAUCCGAGGCCAAGUACAAACAGCAGAUGGCACCCCCUUGGUUGGUGUUAAUAUCAGCUUUGUCAACAAUCCCCACUAUGGUUACACCAUCAGCCGGCAGGAUGGCAGCUUUGAUUUGAUGACUAAUGGAGGGGUUUCGGUCACGAUACACUUUGAGCGCUCUCCGUUCAUCACUCAGGAGCAUACUCUCUGGCUGCCAUGGGACCGUUUCUUUGUCAUGGACACUGUCAUUAUGAGGCAUGAAGAGAAUGAGAUCCCCAGCUGUGACCUGAGCAACUUUGCUCGUCCCAAUCCAAUUGUUUCACCUGCACCAUUGACGGCAUUUGCAGGGUCAUGCCCAGAGAAAGGUCCCAUCGUUCCUGAAAUACAGGUUUUACGUGAGGAGAUAAAUAUCCCAGGUAGUAAAAUGAAGCUGAACUAUGUCAGCAGCUGCACUGCUGGCUAUAAAUCUGUCAUGAGGAUUAGUCUGACCCAACCCUCCAUCCCAUUCAAUCUAAUGAAAGUACAUCUCAUGGUGGCUGUGGAAGGACGGCUCUUCCAGAAGUGGUUUCCUGCUACCCCUGAUUUAUCUUAUUACUUCAUCUGGGACAAAACUGAUGUCUACAGCCAGAAGGUUUAUGGACUUUCAGAAGCAUUUGUAUCUGUGGGUUAUGAAUAUGAAUCAUGUCCUGACUUGAUACUCUGGGAGAAGCGUACUGCUAUUGUGCAAGGCUAUGAGAUAGCUGCAUCCAACCUGGGUGGAUGGACCUUAGACAAACAUCAUGCCCUCAAUGUACAAAGUGGUAUCUUGCACAAGGGAAAUGGGGAAAACAAUUUUAUAUCCCAACAGCCGCCUAUAAUUGGAAGCAUUAUGGGAAAUGGUCGAAGGCGUAGUAUUUCCUGUCCAAGCUGCAAUGGCCUUGCAGCCGGUAACAAACUCCUUGCACCAAUUGCCUUGACAUGUGGAUCAGAUGGCAGCAUAUACGUCGGUGAUUUUAAUUUUGUUCGCCGGAUCUUCCCCUCGGGCAAUGUCACAAGUGUCUUGGAGUUACGUAACAGCCUAGCAAACAAGUACUACCUCUCAGUGGAUGCAGUUUCAGGAUCACUAUACUUGUCUGAUACAAAUACCAGACGUGUCUAUAAAAUAAAAUCCCUUGCUGGAGUCAAGGACAUCACUAAGAACGCUCAGGUAGUGGCCGGGACAGGAGAUCAAUGCCUUCCUUUUGAUGAAGCGCGAUGUGGUGAUGGUGGAAAGGCAACUGAAGCCACUCUAACUAGUCCAAGAGGUAUAACAGUUGAUAAAUUUGGUCUGAUAUACUUUGUUGAUGGAACCAUGAUACGCCGUAUCGAUCAGAAUGGAAUCAUCUCCUCUGUGAUUGGUUCUAAUGACCUAACCUCAGCACAUCCUCUUAGUUGUGAUUCAGUGAUGGAUAUUUCCCAGGUACGUUUGGAAUGGCCCACAGACCUAGCAGUGAACCCUAUGGACAAUUCCCUUUAUUUGCUGGAUAACAAUGUGGUACUACAGAUUUCAGAAAAUCACCAAGUUCGCAUUGUGGCUGGACGCCCAAUGCAUUGCCAAGUGCCUGGAAUUGAUCAUUUCCUCCUUAGCAAGGUGGCAGUGCACUCAACCCUGGAGUCAGCCACUGCCAUAUCCAUUUCCCAUAAUGGAAUCUUAUAUAUAGCAGAAACAGAUGAGAAGAAAAUUAAUCGUGUGCGGCAAGUCACAACGAAUGGCGAGAUAUCUCUGCUUGCUGGAGCACCGACUGGAUGCGACUGUAAAAAUGACGCCAACUGUGAAUGUUAUUCGGGAGAUGAUGGAUAUGCAAAGGAUGCUAAACUAAAUGCUCCCUCAUCCCUGGCAACGUGCCCUGAGGGAGAGCUGUACAUAGCAGAUCUCGGGAACAUCCGCAUUAGAUUUGUUCGGGAAAACAGGCCUUUCCUCAAUUCUCAGAAUCUGUAUGAGGUUGCUUCAACCAUUGAUCAAGAGCUGUAUUUAUUUACCCUCAAUGGUAGCCACCUGUAUACUCAGAGCCUUAUCACUGGAGACUACCUUUAUAAUAUCACUUACACUGGGAAUGGAGACAUAAGCACAAUCAAAGAUAAUAAUGGGAAUUCAUUAAAUAUUCGGCGUGAUGCCUCUGGAAUGCCACUUUGGCUGGUAGUGCCAGAUGGACAGGUUUACUGGCUGACAAUUGGUGCAAACAGUGCAUUGAAGAGUGUAUCCACCCAGGGACACGAAUUAGCUAUGAUGACAUACCAUGGCAGUACUGGUCUAUUGGCAACGAAAAGCAAUGAAAAUGGAUGGACCACGUUUUAUGAGUAUGAUAGCUAUGGCCGCCUCAUCAAUGCAACUUUUCCCACUGGGCACAUUGACAGUUUCCAUGGUGAUAUUGACAGUGCAGUUCGAGUACAUGUUGAGACUUCUAAUAAGGAUGAUGUUACUAUAACAACCAAUCUGUCAACUGCAGGUGCAUUCUACACCCUAGUCCAAGACCAAGUUCGAAAUGCAUAUCAUGUCAGUGCAGAUGGUUCACUGAGACUUAUGCUAGCUAAUGGUAUGGAAGUUUCAUUGCAAACUGAACCACAUCUCUUGGGAGGCACUGUAAAUCCUACAGUCGGAAAGCGCAAUGUUACGUUACCGAUUGAAAAUGGCUUAAAUUUAGUGGAAUGGAGACAACGAAAAGAACAAGCCAGGGGACAAGUCACUGUAUUUGGAAGAAGGCUUAGGGUCCAUAGUCGAAAUCUGCUCUCUUUGGAUUUUGACCGUGUGACUAGAACAGAGAAGAUAUAUGAUGACCAUCGGAAGUUCACUCUCCGAAUCCUGUAUGAUCAGUUGGGCCGACCUACCCUCUGGUCUCCAAGCAGCAGACUCAAUGGUGUGAACGUGACAUAUUCAUCAGCUGGUCUAGUGGCAGGUAUCCAGCGAGGUACCAUGUCAGAGAGAAUUGACUAUGACCAAGCAGGCAGGAUUGUAUCCAGAACUUUUGCAGAUGGAAAAUCAUGGAGCUACACUUAUCUGGAAAAGUCCUCGGUGCUGCUUCUACAUACUCAGAGACAGUACAUCUUUGAAUUUGACAAAAAUGAUCGUCUAUCUUCUGUAACGAUGCCAAAUGUAGCUCAGCAAAAUCUGGAAACCAUUCGUUCUGUGGGCUAUUAUAGAAACAUCUACAAACCACCAGAGGGAAAUGCUUCAGUGAUUCAAGACUUCACAGAGGAUGAUCAGCUAUUGCAGACUUCAUACCUCGGAACAGGACGUCGUGUGCUGUACAAAUAUGGCAAGCUGUCCAAGCUCUCUGAAAUCCUUUAUGAUACCACAAGGAUUGGGUACACUUAUGACGAAACAGCUGGUAUGCUUAAGACUGUCAACUUGCAAAAUGAAGGCUUUACUUGCACUAUACGUUUCAGGCAAAUUGGCCCUCUUAUUGACAGACAAAUAUUUCGCUUCAGCGAAGAAGGAAUGGUGAAUGCUCGCUUUGAUUAUAACUAUGACAAUAGCUUUCGGGUUACCAGUAUGCAACCUGUCAUCAAUGAGAAACCUUUACCUAUUGAUCUCUACCAAUAUGACGAUGUCUCUGGGAAAAUUGAACAAUUUGGAAAAUUCGGAGUCAUUUAUUAUGACAUUAAUCAAAUCAUCACUACUGCAGUCAUGACUCACACAAAACAUUUUGAUGCAUAUGGACGAGUGAAAGAAGUCCAGUAUGAAAUUUUCAGAUCACUCAUGUACUGGAUGACAGUGCAAUAUGACAACAUGGGUAGAGUGAUAAAACGAGAGCUGAAGGUUGGCCCCUAUGCCAAUACAUCCAGGUAUGCUUAUGAAUAUGAUGCAGAUGGGCAGCUGCAGACAGUAUCCUUGAAUGACAAACCUCUAUGGCGCUACAGCUAUGAUUUAAAUGGGAAUCUCCAUUUGCUAAGUCCUGGCAACAGUGCUCGUCUAACUCCAUUGAGGUAUGACCUGAGAGAUCGGAUUACUCGUCUGGGAGAUAUACAGUAUAAGGUAGAUGCAGAUGGGUUCUUACGCCAAAGAGGCAAUGUUAUCUUUGACUACAAUUCAGCUGGUCUUCUUACCAAAGCAUAUAGUAAAAUAAAUGGUUGGAGAGUGCACUAUCGAUACGAUGGAGUUGGAAGAAGAGUUUCAAGUAGAACCAGCUAUGGGAUGUAUUUGCAAUUCUUCUAUGCAGAUCUGAGUAACCCUACAAGAGUUACACAUAUGUAUAAUCAUACAAGUUCUGAGAUAGCAUCCCUAUACUAUGACCUUCAAGGCCACCUUUUUGCAAUGGAGAUUAGCAGUGGUGCUGAGUUCUAUGUUGCCUGUGAUAAUACAGGCACGCCAUUGGCUGUAUUCAGUGCGACUGGUUUAAUGAUCAAACAAAUCACUUAUACUGCAUAUGGAGAAAUUUAUAUGGACACAAAUCCUGCCUUUCAACUCAUUGUAGGCUAUCAUGGUGGUUUGUAUGAUCCCCUCACCAAACUAAUACACUUUGGACGGCGAGAUUACGAUGUGCUUUCUGGAAGAUGGACAGCACCUGAUCACAGUAUUUGGAAUCACCUCAGCAACACUCUUAUACCUUUUAAUUUGUACAUGUUUAAAAAUAACAACCCUGUCAGCAACAUACAGGAUAUCAAAUGUUACAUGACAGACGUGAACAGUUGGCUGCUGACAUUUGGAUUCCAGCUGCACAAUGUGAUCCCAGGAUAUCCAAAAACAGAAACAUCUUCAAUGGAACCUUCCUAUGAACUUCUGAAGACUCAGAUGAAAACCCAGCAGUGGGACAAUAGCAAGUCCAUUUUAGGAGUCCAGUGCAUUGUACAGAAACAGCUCAAAGCCUUUGUUACGCUAGAACAUUUUGGACAGAUUUAUGGAGGAAGUGGAACUGGGUGUCAGCCAAAAGCACGGAUGAAGAAAUUUGCAACAGGCGGUUCAAUCCUUGGCAAAGGAGUGAAAUUUGCUGUUCGAGGAGGCAGAGUAAGCACAGAUAUAAUUAGUGUUGCCAAUGAAGAUGGAAGGAGAGUCGCUGCGAUUUUAAAUAAUGCCUUUUACCUGGAAAAUAUCCACUUCACCAUUGAUGGUGUAGACACACAUUAUUUCAUUAAACUGGGGUCUGCAGAAAAGGAUCUCGCUAUUUUGGGCCUUACUGGUGGAAGGCGAACCCUGGAGAAUGGAGUUAAUGUUACUGUGUCUCAAAUUAAUACUGUACUGAAUGGAAGGACUAGAAGAUACACUGAUAUUAAACUUCAAUAUGGUCUGUUGUGUUUAAACACACGAUAUGGGACAACCAUGGAUGAAGAGAAGGCUCGUGUCUUGGAGCUGGCUAGGAUGCGGGCUGUAGCAGGCGCCUGGACUAGAGAAAGGCAAAGAUUACAAGAUGGAGAGGAGGGAAUUCGCUCAUGGACCGAGGGAGAAAAACAGCAGCUGCUGAUCACUGGCAGGGUGCAAGGCUAUGAUGGCUAUUUUAUAAAAACUGUUGAGCAAUAUCCUGAAUUGUCAGACAGUGUAAAUAAUAUCCAUUUCAUGAGACAGAGUGAAAUGGGCAAGAGGUAACAGUAAAGGACUAUGUGCCAACCACUUUGCCAAAGACAGCUGCUUAUGUGGCCAUUUUUCAGGCUGUGUUGUUACAAUUAUUUUUAAAACCGUUGCAUUGUAAUUCUUGCAACGUGCUGAGUUUUUUUCCCCUUUUUUUGUCUUCACACAUUUUGCAUUGAGCAAAAGGUAUUUUGCAGUAGUGUGACUACAGUAAAUAUUUGCUAUUUUCUAACAAUAUUUCAACUGUGAGCUAUUGGUUUACAGUUGGUUCAGAGUCAGAACCAAGAGUGCAGGACGCAUUACCAGUAAAGGAAUGUGCUCUCUCAGUGUCCACUUAAAAAGUAAAAGGAUUAUUGUAGACCUCUUUUGUUAAUUCUUUGGGACUCCUUACGAGGUGCAUUUUGAUGCAGCAAAGGACUAUAUCUGCAUUUUAUAUCGACAAAGAAAUUAACAACUUGUGUGAGAACUUUCCUAAGGUUCUGAUAUGAAUUGGAGAAAAAUCUCAACUCUUGUGUUUCUAACACUGUAUUCUCAUUGUGUAAAUAAGCAAGGCUGUAAAUAAAUGCGAAUGUAGAUAACUUCUAGAACAACAACAGUGACCCUGAGUAGACUUCAGUGGAAAAUAAAAAAGUUAUUUUGUGUUUUGAAUUUUUUUACUGAUUUCAAUCAGAAGUCAUAUUAUAGGUAAAUUGAGAGAUUGGAAAUGUUUUAGUUUGGAGUU